AUGGCUAGAAAGAGAAAAGUGUCAAAUGAACAAGACUCUGAUCAUCUUGAAGAAAACAUAGUGUGGGAGGAUGAGAGGGUUAAAGAACCACCAGCUGUGGCGGCAUUUGGCGGAAUCCGGCGAGCUCGGAAGCGGUUUGUGGGUGUUCGACAGCGGCCCUCCGGCAGAUGGGUGGCAGAAAUUAAGGACACGAUACAAAAGAUUAGAGUCUGGUUAGGCACUUUUGACACAGCUGAAGAAGCAGCUAGAGCAUAUGAUGAAGCUGCUUGUUUGUUAAGAGGAGCCAACACUCGCACAAACUUCUGGCCUUCUUCUCAGUCAACUUUGACCACACCUGCCCUUCCUUCAAAAAUCACAAACCUUCUUCUUCACAGACUCAAAGCCAGAAAUAAUUUUUUAGCACUUGCUGCAAGUGCUUCAUCUCAAAACGUUUCCCAUGUAUCUAUUAAUCAUCAUGAUGAUAAGAAGCAAGAGGAAUUUAGAGAUGAUGUAGUUGAGUUUUCAGAUACAAUCUUUACUGAUUUUCUCAAUGACACGGAUGAGUAUAUUCCUGAUACAAAUGAUGAAAAUCAUGUUAAAGAUGAUUUUGGUAUGUUGAUGGAAUCUGAUAAUAAUUUGGAAGCUCAGUGUUCAAACGGUGAUGUAAACAAUGGAGGUGGGGUUGAUGAAGAAGAAGAAGAAGAAGAUGAUGAUGAUGAAGGGAGCACUCAAGAGAUAGCAUCAGAGGUGUACAAUGAAGAAGGAGAAGAGCCAUUAACAAUAUCUGAAGCGAUGAAGAGGAUGAAAUAUGAGCGCAAGUACUCAGCUUCUCUUUAUGCUUUCAAUGGCAUACCGGAGUGUUUGAAGUUAAAGCUUGGUUUUGGAAGAGGUGUAAGUGUAAAAUCUAGGGGAAGAUCCAAAAUGCAAAGAACUGUUCUUCAUAAGAAAGCAGAAGAAGAAGAAUCAAAGAAAGAUGUUGCAGAAAACUCAACAACAGUUUCUUCUGCAACAAACACUAUCGAUGGAGAGUUGUCACUAUGGAGCUCUCUUGAUCUCCCAACCAUAUGUUAUGUUAAUUAG